UCCAGGGCUGACCAGUCCUCUCUUCACCAUGAAAGGGCCUGCGACUAUGACUCUGCUUCUCCUUUCCCUUGCACUUUGCUGGUCUUCUGGUGAGUACAAUGAAUUUUUCUUGGAGUUUCUCCAGACACUGCUGGCCGGGGCCCUGGAAGACCUCUAUGAAGGGCCACUGGCCUCCUACAAUAUCAACCCUGAUUGCAAGGCCGCCAUGUCUGAACUCAAGUCAUGCAUUGAUAACCUAGCUCCCAUGCACAAGGCUGAAUUGGUCAAGCUGCUGCGUGCACUGGUUCCCAGCUUCCUGGCUUCUAAGGCAGCUGCCCUUCUUUUCAUUCUGGCUGGGACUCAAAAAGAAGGCGUGAAUGGGGCGCGGCCUGGAUCGGCAUCUCCCCAUCUGUCACCGCCAUAA